UGACUGGGGCCGGGAGUCGAUCAGUUCACUGGAUUUCAACCUCCAGCUCGGCAGCGUUUCUCCACAAGGCUCCCUGCAGAAGGACUGUGCGUCUCCCCUGAGCUGUGUGUGCCUCCACUUCAUGUGACUGUGUGUGUUUGUGUGUGUGCGUUCAUAUGUGUUGAGCCCACAGGCCUGGAAACAUGAGGCGUCUGCUGCUGCUGCUCCUGGGGCUGCUGCUGCUCCACCAGGGCCACUGCUUUGAGUUUGUGAUCGAUGGAGAAUGGGAGGACGACUCAUCGGAUGUUGAGGUUCCUCGGGGGAGACACAAGAGAGCCGUGCUGACCAGCGAGGAGCAGGAAGACUUUGAAGCCAUCCGUGGAGAUGACAUCACCGUCAAGAGCUACAAGGUGGAGAGCCACAUCACGUCCCGCUUCGCCCACACCACCGUCAGGAGCUCCGUGGUCAACUCGGCCUCCGCGGCCCAGAGCAUCGGCUUCAAUGUGCAGAUCCCCAAACGGGCCUUCAUCACCAACUUCACCAUGAACGUGAACGGGAUCAUCUUCGUGGGCUCGGUGAAGGAGAAGACAGUCGCCAGGAACCUGUACGCUCAGGCCCGAGCCCGAGGCAAGGCAGCAGGGAUCGUCAGGGCCAAUUCCCAGGACAUGGAGACCUUCAAGACAGAAGUCCACGUUCCUCCAGGCAGCCACAUCGAGUUUGAGCUCCACUACCAGGAGAUGAUGACGAGGAGGCUGGGGGUCUACGAGCACACCCUGUACCUGCAGCCCGGCCGGCUGGUGCCUCAGCUCCAGGUGGACGUGUACAUCUACGAGCCGAAGGGAAUUUCCACGGUGGAAUCACCAAACACGCUCGGCUCACAGUUUUCAGACGACAUCAAAGUGACGUCCACCAAAGACAAGGCUCACGUCGUCUUCAAGCCGAGCCUGCAGCAGCAGAGGAAGUGUGAGAACUGCAGCGGCAGUGCAGUCGAUGGCGUCUUCACCGUGAGAUACGACGUGACCAGAGACGGGAACGCUGGAGAGCUGCAGGUCUCCGACGGCCAUUUUGUCCACUUCUUCGCCCCGUCCAACAUGUCCCCCCUCCCCAAGAACAUCGUGUUCGUCAUCGACGUCAGCGGCUCCAUGUGGGGCGUUAAGAUGAAGCAGACGGUGGAGGCCAUGCAGGCCAUUCUGGACGACUUGACGAUAGACGACCACUUCAGCAUCGUGGACUUCAACCACAACGUGCGCUGCUGGAACGAGGAGCUGGUGCACGGCUCGUCCAUCCAGGUCACCGACGCCAAGAAGUACAUCCAGAACAUCAAGCCCAACGGAGGCACCAACAUCAACGAGGCCCUGAUGAGAGCGGUUCAGAUGCUGGUGCGGGCGUCCAACCAGGGGAUGAUCGACCCGCGCUCCGUCUCCAUGAUCAUCCUGGUGUCUGACGGGGAUCCCACCGUGGGAGAAAUCAAGCUCAGCACCAUCCAGAAGAACGUGAAGCGAGUGAUGAGGGAGGAGUUCUCUCUCUUCUCACUCGGCAUCGGCUUCGACGUGGACUACGACUUCCUGGAGCGCAUCGCCAUGGAGAACCGGGGCAUGGCCCAGAGGAUCUACGCCAACCACGACGCCGCCGAGCAGCUGCGGGCGUUCUACAGCCAGGUGUCCUCCCCCCUGCUGAGGAGAAUCGACAUCCAGUUCCCGGAGGACGCCGUGUCCGACGUCACCCAGAACCGCUUCGAUAAGUACUUCAGCGGCUCUGAGCUGGUGGUGGCCGGGAAGGUGCUGCCGUCCGAGAGCAGCACGCUGACCAGCUUCACCACGGCCACCGCUGCCCGGCUGGACAUCACGCUGGAGACGGAGGCCGACACGGCGCAGCUGGACGUGGAGCUGGCCAAGCAGCAGCACUCGUUCACGGGCUUCGCCAGGCAGAUGUGGGCCUACAUCACCGUCAAGCAGCUGAUCUCUGAGAGGUCUCUGGCUCCGACCGCCGUGAAGAAGAGGAAGAUCACCCAGCAGAUCAUGGCUCUGGCCGUGGAGCAUCAGUUCGUGACGCCGCUCACCGCCCUGCUGGUGGAGAGCGAGGACGCCAAGGAGCGGCUGCUGGCCGACUCCCCGAGGGACCCCAAGCACGGCUGCUGCUCAGGAAUGGGAGGGGGCCCACCGUCUCCAGUGCCGAUCGUCUUCCAGCCCCCACCCUGGGUCCAGGUGAGCACUCUGGCCCCCCCGAUGCAGGUUGAGAAGGGUGAACUGGAGUAUGCUCUGCCUCAGUCUCUGCCUCCGCAUAUCAACAUAGUGGACAACGACCCUCACUUCAUCGUCCACCUGCCCACGAGCAACAUGGACGUCUGCUUCAACAUCGACUCCAAACCCGGUCACAUCCUCAACCUGGUGUCCGACGCCGGAGCAGGCCUGGUGGUGAACGGUCAGUUGAUCGGCUCCAAGAAGAUUCACAAGAACCACCUCAGCACGUACUUCGGCAUCAUCUCCGUCUACUACCAGCCCGACGGGCUCAGUGUGACCGUCAGCACCGACGGCAUCUCCACGACCGACGGCAGCAACAACCACACGUUCACCUGGGGCGCCACGGCCGAGAUCUCACAGGACGGGGUGAGGAUUUCCAUCGUGAAGAACUCGCACGUCACCAUCACAGUGAACAACGACAUCCAGGUGAUGGUGUUGCUGCACCGCGUGUGGAAGAAGAACCCCGUCAGCGUGGACUUCCUGGGAAUCUACAUCCCCAACACCAACCAGUACUCGCCACUGGUGCACGGCCUCAUCGGUCAGUUCUCCAGAGAGCCUGAGGUGAGCGUGCACGACGUCCACGAGGGAGUCGACCCUCUGAAGAAGGAGGCCACCAUGGAGGUGAAGGGCAACCAGCUGCUGGUCACCAGGGGCUGGCAGAAGGACUACAGGCGUGACAAGCGACGCGGCUCUAACGUUUACUGCUGGUUCAUCCACAACAGUGGGAAGGGCUUCAUCGACGGCCACUACACCGACUACAUCGUGCCGAACCUCCACAGCUUCCUUCAGACGCUCUGAGCUCAGAGAAACCUCUCUCCUCCGCUGUAACACGUGCAACUCAUUUGUUUUUCUUCAGGAGUAAUUUCAUCCAUUUCAUCCAGAUUGAGUUUCAAAUAAAAGAAAGAAAACACACAA